AUGGGUUCUUUCUGUGCUACGGAGGGGUUUAGAGCUUCAAUUUCGAGAACAGCCUUCUCUCUCUGCGGUUCCUCUGGAAUUUUCUAUGACCAGAGACCCGUGGAAAAAUCUGUUGUUACAAGAGGAAGUGUCUCUACUUCUCCAAAAGAAUGUAUUGGAAGAAUAUCUGGUGAUUCCACAUUUCAAAAUGGAGACCAACAGGUCGAUCAGAACCUCUCUCCAUACAGGGAUGUGGACGUCUUCUUUAGAUCUGACGGAUGCUUAUUUUCAUGUCCCUAUAGCUCCGGCUUAUCGGAAGUUUCUUCGUCUGGUCUGGGAGGGCAAGGGGAACAAUUUCGAACAGAUCUUGGGAUAGUUCUUCCUCCAGAGGAGAACUUUCUCAAGCUUCAGUAUCUGUUGGAUCAACUACUUUCAGCCAAACAGGCUUCAGCUCGCCAGUUUCUACAACUGAUAGGUUUUCUGAUUUCUCUGAUGGACAUAGUACCUUUAGGUCGUCUUCAUAUUCGCCCCAUUCAGUGGUAUCUUCUGGAAUUUUGGGUACCAGCCUCACAACAGUGGGAAGCUGUUAUUCCCAUUCUUCCCAGAUUGUAUCCUCAUCUUCUGUGGUGGUCAGUGAGAGAGAAUGUUAUGAUAGGUUGCUCGCUAGACCCCCCAGUUCCUUCUAUGACCCUGUUUACAGAUGCUUCUCUGACAGGCUGGGGAGCUACCCUGGAGGGCAGAGAGGCAUCAGGUAUAUGGUCCGGUCUCCAGUUGACAGAACACAUCAAUUUACUGGAGAUGCGGGCUGUUCUUCUGGCAUUGAAACAAUUUUCCCAAUUUGUUCAGGGUCAAUCUCUGAUGAUAGCCACAGACAAUACAACAGUAGUGGCUUAUCUGCAGAAUCAGGGCGGCACACAUUCUCAGUCUCUUUACCUUCUGUGCAAAGAAAUUCUGUUGUUUUGCCGUUCCCUGGGAAUUCGCUUGUCAGUCAGGCAUGUUCCUGGCAAUCUGAAUCUAGUAGCGGAUGCUCUCUCAAGGUCACUGCAUCCAGUGAAUACAGAAUGGGAGUUACAUCCAGCAGUCUUUCAGGAGAUCUGUCUCAAGUGGGAUCGUCCUCAUAUAGACCUCUUUGCUACGCAUCUGAAUUGCAAACUGCCAACGUUUGUGUCUCCGAUUCCAGACAACAGAGCUUUAGCAGUGGAUGCAAUGUCUUUCGAUUGGAAGGGGAUGUUUUCUUACAUGUUUCCUCCUUUUCGCCUCCUUCCCAAGAUUUUACACAAAAUCAGGGUAGAAAUUUGCAAGACCAUUCUUAUUGCUCCAGCAUGGCCAAAACAAUCUUGGUUUCCAGAUCUUCUUCAACUGUGUUGUGCGAGACCAAUUCUGCUUCCUCUCAGGAAAGAUCUUUUGUCUCAAUUCAAAGGCAGGAAAGUUCAUCAGAAUCUUUCCAACCUCCAUCUACACGCAUGGUUACUGUCAGGGAAUCUCUCAGACAGGAUGGCUUUUCUGACAGAGCAGCCAAACGUAUCUCUAGUUCAGUCAGAAAAUCUACAGGAGCAAUUUAUGACUCUAAGUGGAACAUCUUCUGUUCUUGGUGUCGUUCAAAGGAAAUUGAUCCUCUCGCAGUUACUGUCCAACAGUUAG